AUGGUAGUACCAAUCUGCAUCAGCUAUUUUGUUUUAGAAACCGUUGUCCGUCGAAGUGGUCGGAGUGUGGCACGUAAGGAUUAUUCUAUGAAGCAAGAAAGUGACGAUGGAAGCUCAUCCAGUUCACCCCCAUCAAGUGCCAGUGACAGUAUACCCCUUUCGGAGAAGGAAAAAUCUGAGGAGAAUACCGAGAGUGAUGAUGUAGAGGAAGAAGCGGAUGCUUCGUAUGACAGUGACGAAAGUUUCGAUGUGGUCCCUCCGAAACGAGCUAAGACAACGGGAGCGAAGCAGUCUGGGCGCAAACAGGCCACUAAAGGAGGUGGUAAGGCUGGGUCGGCCAAAUCUCGCAGUUCCGCUGGUUCGGGAACUGGUCGUAAAUCUUCUAAAGCCCCUGCAGCUACUGCACUACCACAUGCUCCGAAGCCAGUCAAGCCGUGGCAGAAGACGGGUGAACCCGCCAUGGAAGGCGACAUCAACGUUCCGCCUAGAAAACUUCGAAAAGGAGAGAAAAAGAUGUUAAAGUACAGGUGCGUCAUUAUGAUAUAGGA